GGAAACGACAGGCUGUGGUCUAUCUUGGUUUAUUUAUAAAAAAUCUUUGACUACCAGCCCAGUUUAUUGUGGCGACGUCAUGUGAUCCAUACUUCCUAGUCUGUUAGCAUUUCGCUACUUCGAGGUCGUGUAAGCGUUGUCAAGCGCAUAAGUUAACUUUUUCUACUUUUAAAACUCUAUAACAAAAGACAGACAUGGCGGAGCUUAGUUUUGUAAUUCCUAUGUCGGUGAUGACUCUGUUUUGGGGGAUUAUUGGUGGAGUUGUGCCGUGGUUUGUCCCCAAGGGACCGAACAGAGGAGUGAUAGUUACCAUGUUGGUGCUAACUGCUGUCUGCUGCUACCUGUUCUGGCUGAUAGCGAUCCUGGCCCAGCUCAACCCUCUGUUUGGACCAGCUCUAAAGAACGAUACCAUCUGGUACAUGUACUACCACUUGCCCUAGUCUACCAGUCCUCGGCCCAUCCCCUGCUACAGGAGAGGACCUGACUCACUGCUGUACACCAAUGAAGCACUCGAUCGCCUCCUCACAAAGGGAACUGUUCUUGUAAAUCUAGAGCCUUACCCAGCCUUUGACACCUGACCUUAGAGAGUGUGGAGAGAUGCCUGCAAAGGUGCUUCGUACAAACUGAUCCCCAAAGGACUUUUCUGAAAAUAUCCUCUUUACUACUUUAAGAAUGGAAGUAUCAACCUUUUCUUUGAUUUGUAUGGCUUGUUCUGUAUAUUGUGCUGUGACUUUUUGAUUCUCUAAUACUGAUAUAUGAUCUUGCAAGGCAUGGUACUAGUUACCCUAGCCCAUUCGGUGUUGGGUUAAAUGCGGAAGACACAUUUCAGUUGAAUGCAUUCAGUUGUACAACUGACUAGGUAUCCCCCUUUGCCAUUCAUAGACGCUAACUAACUUUAGCGCCUAUUGACUAUACCAACUUCUCGCCAGAGGAGCCCCGAUGCUUCCUCUAAACAUAAACAAGCAUCGCUUGCGGUAAGGUUUUGGAAACAGGAACGUAUCUUUCAUAUCAGCUAGGGAAAAAUAUGUUAAAUUACUACACUUAUUUUUAAUAGGGUUAGGGUUCCCAAACGGUCAAAUUUCCGUUUUUACAACGUUUGUUUAUGGUAGACAAGCGACUACCUGCUAAUUCGCUUUCUGCGACUAGGAACACCUGCGUGUACAUGGAAGAUGGGCGCCACAAACGUGUCACUGUAAAAUAACUGGUUAAAACUGCAUUAAGUGUAUAUUUAGCAUGAAAUUAUUUUUGAUGUGAUAUGAAAGUAAAGGGCUUUAUGUUUCUAGAACCGUACCGCAAUGAAUAAUCGAUUCAUACUGGUUCGCCUGCCAGAGCCAAUUGGCCUCUAGACAGUAACUUUAGGCUCCUUUUUAUUGGACUAUAGCUACCCCAUAUGUUAAUAUGUAUGUUGCACGUAAUGUGGCCUUUCUUUGAUUCCAUGUGUCCCUCAUUGGGUGUUUGUGAUGGCUUUCAUUCAUUGUCCUUAGAAAUUAUAGAUAUUAAACCAUCAAUCAAUCCACC